GACUCUACUGCCAUGUGUCAUAAAAUCAAAAAUAUAAAAUCGGCUGCAACGGUUGUAGUUUGCUAUUGUAGAUUUUUGGCGUAAUUUGUAUUUAUUAUUUAUAACAAAUAAUUUUUUUAUAAUUUUAAUGUUAAAUUUAAACAAUAUUAAGGACAGUGUAACAGUUAACGACUUUUUAUCAUCAAAGUUUAUUGGAUAUUCCUUCAUCUACUAUAUUUAAGUGAAAAUUGAAAAGAUGGAUACAUCAACUCCAAUGAAUGUUGAUUUGCGAAGGCGGACAUUAUUAGUAAAUAUGCAAAAUCUCUCAUCUCCAUUACGAAGAUCUGUAAAUGUCUCUAUGAACGGAUCGACUGUAGAAAUGUCCAAUGAUGAAGAUGAGAGAGCAGAUAGGAGAAGUCAACUUCAAAUUCAAAAACGUUUAUCAAGUAUUUCAACUCCUAAAAUUAAUUUGAAUGAAACUUACAUUAAGGAACAGUUUGUAAUGUACACCCAUCUGUUUACCGAAAAUAAAAUAACAUCAAAAAAUGCCUGGAAACUUCAAAUCAUUGAUAUGCUUAGGCCUUUGUGCCAAAAAUCUCGACAAGAUGUUUUACAAGUAGCCAGUACUUCCAUUGAUAUUAGUGCAAAAGUGUAUGGUAUUAGAGUAGAUGAUGUGCAUUCUGAAGGAUUAAAAUUGGCCAGUAACAUGGCCAGAGUAGCAGAAUCUGCAACAGUUGCUGAAGAUGAUGAAGGAGCAGAAAAUUCUGAGGGUGAACAAGAACCCUCUUCUGCUAAAAAAAAGAAACGUAAAAAAGUUACCCAGACUGGGUUUAAAAGCACUAUUAAUAGAAAUCCAAAAGGAAAUCUAGGAAAGUUGCCAAAAUUAGAACCAACAGAUUUUACUACUCGGAUUAAUGCUGACACAGGUACCAUCGAUAACCUAUUUACGAAUUCACUUAAAGAGACUUCGUACUCUUUCAUUUUAUUAGACAAAAGAAAAAAAUUUAUUGAAGAAUCUGACCCUAUUGUGCAACGAGACUUUAAAGUAUCUUUACAGAAAUUUACUUUUCCUGACAAAGUUUUCAAUAUCAACCCAACUUUCAAUGAUUUCAUAGUAGACCAGUGGGAUCCUGAUCAAGAGGAGAAACGAGACAGUGAUAAAACAGUUUUGUCUCAAAUACAACCAGUAGUUUAUGACGAACGGGGAUUUCCAGUUGCUGAAUUAGAUGGUUCAAUUCAUGAUAUUUUUGAAACAAAUGAUGUUGACAUGGAUCCAGACAAUGACGAAGUCAUAGAAAUACGACAUGGAAAUUCUAUGGGACCUGAACUUCGUGUAGGAGUGGCGAACGUUGUCGAUUUCAAACCUAUGGAAAGCACUAUUCACUCUUCAGAAUAUUCUUUCAAUCCAGUUGUAACCACAAAUAAUGGAAAGUACAUCGAUAGAAUUUGGGCAGGACCAAGUCAUUGGAAACUCAAAUUUAUUAGACGGUCUGUUCCACGUUUUUCUGGUCAGACAAUAAAUACGACUGUUAAAGCAUUGUCAAAAGGAAGAAAAAAGAACCAAGUGGUAAUGAUUGAUUUUGAUCCAGAACCACCAGAAGUUGAUUUUUCUAAAAAGUUUGUAAUCAAAAAGAGACUCGAGGUCGACGUUGACAAGGUAACUCUACCACUUAUGGACCAAUCAUGUGCCAGGAUAAUGGCCACUAUCAAAGAAUUAAUGGCAAAACCAGGAGUAUGUCCCGUAGAGAAGAAAGAAAAAAUUACAGACUUGGGAGAAGAGGAUUUUAAAGUAACUCCUUACAAAUACGAAAAUCCAAAUGAUUCGUUGUAUUGUUCUCAGACACAAAACGACGACAUGGGAGAUAGAGACAGCAUUGCAGAUGAUGAAGAGCAUAUUUUAGCAAACGCAGGAAAUCUAGCUGAACAUUUAGUUGACAACCCCGAAAUGGUACCCAAUACUUACAUUCAGUACGCUUCAAAAGCAAAGCAGAUAGAUAUGAAGAAACUGAAAUCGGCCAUUUGGUAUAAAUUAACCAAUGAAGUAGAGGGCCAAAACAAUCGAAGUAAAUUGAUUCCUCAGACAUUUUCCGAAUUAUACAAAGCCUUGCCGGAAUUAAUGCAGAGUAAAGAAAAGGAGAAACUUUCUUGUCCCCUGGCAUGUUUUGCCUUAUUGCACUUGGCAAAUGAACAAAAUCUCUAUCUGAAACAACUGUCUGGUAAUAAAGACUGUUACAUAAUGGGACCUGAAUACUACACCACAUAAAUUAUCUCUAUCAACUGGAAUAUAUUUUUAUUUUUAGUGUUUUCUCAUUAAAUGUAUUAAAAACA